AUGGCGGCCGCCGUUAACAACAUCGCCGCCACCUUCUCCUCCGCAUCCCGUUCCUCCCCCCACGUCCCGACGACGCCCACGGUAGCGUUGUCCGCCGCCAGCUCCCGGCCCAUCUCCGCCUCGUGGAACCCCCACUCCGUUCUCCCUCGCUCCCGCCGCUCCUCGCUUCUCGGCAUCUACGGCCUCCCAGGCCCUCGGCCUCGUCCCCUCCGCCUGCCCCGUCCUUCUGCCGCCCCUCCUCCGCGCACCAUUUCUGCUGGCGAUCGCCUCCCCGACGCGACCCUAUCCUACCUCGACCGCAGCGGCGCCGUCCGCACCGUAUCCAUCUCCGGCCUUACUCGCGGCAGGAGGACCGUCAUAAUGGCCGUUCCAGGCGCCUUCGCGCCCCCGCGGCGUCCCCGAUGGUGGAGCGGCAGUGGCCCCAGCUUCGGGCUCUCUGCCGAGGGGCUUGUGAAGAGGGCGGCGGAGAUGAAACAAAGAGGCGGCGGCGGGGUGGUGGUCGCCUGCGUGGCGGCGAACGAUGUGUACGUGAUGAGGGCGUGGGGGGAGCAGCUCGGGGCGGCGGAGGCCGGCGUGACGAUGCUGUCGGACCCCGACGCUGAGCUCGCAAGGGCGCUCGGUUUGGCUCUUGACCUCCGGGGAGGUACCGAGGGGUUUGGGAUGCGAUCCGAGGGUUACCUCUUGGUUGCAGCGGACGGAGUGGUGAAGGCGCUCUUCAGGAACUACCAAAACGGCGGUGGCGCUGCUAUUGUUAGAUCCGACGAUGUCUUCAAAGUGCUGUGA